AUGUAUUCUCAAAUCCAGGACACCCAUCACCAGCCCCCCUUCUCUCCAGAGAAUCAACAUUAUCCGUUCUCUGGACAUCAAUAUGCGGAAAGAGAGUUUGUGGUGAAGAGAGAAUUCGCCAACGCCACGCUGCCUCAGCUAAGCAGGCACAACCCCACUAGCAGCAGCUCCGAACAAAGUCUCUCACCUUCCUCUUCAACUAUCGGCCCUCAUCCUCCGAGCCAUAUGCAGGGGAACAGGCACAUGAUUCAUAAUAAUGAUGCGGGGCAAGUGUACCAGUAUGGGAGCUACUCUGCCCCGCCUCUCGCACCGUUGCCGUCUCGUCCUCAGCCACCACCUACCCCGUAUGACCAGAUGCCAAUAUACACCAAGCUACAUAACACAUAUCCCAUCACUUCAUACACUAUCGCGAGCAAAAGGAACUCUCAGAGAGCCUCGCAGUUCAAGGCAAAAUGCGACGAGAAUAAGCCCUGCAAAAAUUGUGUCGACAAAAGCAUCAACUGUCAAUAUCGCGAUUCAGCCCCCAAGCAGCAAGACAAGGCAACGCAAGAUAUAAUAGAUGUCAUGAAGAGAAUGCUGCAGUCGACAAACCAAAAGAUUAUUGCUGGUCUGGCUGAAGUGCAAUCUAAUAUCCGGGACCUCAAGGGUAUUCGACCUGGAUCUCUUCACGCCCAGAAAUCACUAGGAUUGGAUGACUGCGUUAAAGAAGAGCUGGGAGCAGUGACGCCACUAUCGUUGUCCGAGGGUGAAGGCAUACUUUCCAGACGCAUGCGAGCAUUGGGUAACGAGAUGGAGAGCGAGGAAUCUCCCGGAAACCCAGUCCAGCCGCUGCCAGUACCAUUCCCCCACAAUCAUACAACUACGUCGGGACAACUUCUCAAGUGGCCAGCUGUCAGCAAGCUUGUGAGGCCGCUGCUGGAUAACGAGCAUAUCAAAUAUGUCGAGGCCUACCCUCAGCGAUACGAAGAAGACCGUGGCGAACUACCUCUUUUUGAGCGCGGUGAAGGGCCAACCUCGCUUGCAGGAAACAGCGAUCUCAUAUAUCAUCGUGUGCAAAUACCAGACGAUGCGUCACUCAGCGAUCACCCAUCACCGCUAAGAGGUACCGACUGCGGUCUAAUUGGAGACUCUGCCUCAUCAGGUGUCUACCCGGCCGAGUCACGAGCGAAAAGUCGUUCUGAAUGCGCAUUGGAUUUUAGCCGAGCGAAGGUCGAAGCUUACGUCGACGCCUAUAAGAAACACAUACAAAACAUGCACCCCCUCAUUCCUCCCGAUGACCUUGAUGACAUGAUUUGUGCAUUCCUGGCCGAAGUCUUGAAAAACCCCAGUGGUAUUGGAAAACACAGGCAGGUUGCCACAAUCACCAAGCACCAGCAGAGGCCGGCUCAGUCAUCAUUUGAAUACGUCAAGAAGCGCGAACGUUCACGUGUCGCUAGCAGUGUCCGGUCUGGAUCGGCACCAGAGAGUCCGAAGCCCCAGCGCUCUGUUCGAAAUGCACUGGUCUUGCUUGUUCUCGCCCUUGGAAAAAUCUGCAUGUGGAGAGACCGAAAGCUGCCAGACCCGCCGGAGAAAAGGGGACCAGAUCCAGUCUUAUCAACAAUCCAGGGCUCGCCUUAUUACAGUGCUUUCUCUCAGUCUUCUGGUCAGGCUGGAUUGCCCUCACGAAUGGACCAGCAAAGUUCGGGUGGCAGUCGACGCUCUUCAGCGCAGGUUUCUGGAGUGCAAGCACCAACAAGCGCCGCUUCUCUCGAGCCAACGAAGAGAAACAAUCAAAUCAUACCUGGUCUCGAGUACUUCGCUUAUGCGACUGAUGUCUUGGGCAACCACCUUGGCAGUUACGAGUUGAACUAUGUCCAGGCUCAUGUUCUUGCGUGUCUCUAUUACGGGCAGCUCGGACGCGUAAUCCCAAGCUUUCGUCACAUUAGGUUUGCAGGCUCUGCAAUCGCUGACAAGCUUCAAUCUGACAUUCUCGCUGAGUUGAACCUCGUUCCCUCUGGGAUCCUCCAAUACGAGAACAUCCUGCCGUUCCCGGAUCUCACUGUAAUGCGAGAAAGGCUGGGCUUCUCAGAUGAAGUUACGUACAGCUACGCUGCACAGCUGUACUUGCGGAAACGGCUCAAUAGAAUCUCUGGCUCUCUAUAUGAUCCCGACAAGAAGCCAAACGCUGAGGCACAGAAGAAAAUUCUGGCCGAGAUUGAAAAGGACCUAGGAGAAAAAAGCACUGUGUGGCUAGGACCGUUCAAAUUUGAUAGGGACGCCCCGCCAGCGAGGGAUAUCCUAUCAGCACGCAUUAGGGCCACGUUCUGGGGUGCCAACGUCAUCACCUACCGUCCAUCGAUAAAGACAGUGCUGGAAUUUGGCCAUAAGCGCCAGAAUGAUGUUUCGGCAGAAUCGGAGGCAGUCCCGCACGAAAACGCGGGCGAAUGGGGCACAGUGAGGAGCGACCCGGGAAGUCGGAGUGACAUUGACCAGGUCGUUUUCAAAAACGCGAGAAAGGGAAUCGAUGCUGUCAUCAAAAGUACCAUGGCUUUCCAUGGUCUGAAAGAUAAACGCUUCAUUAUCACCAAUGUUUUUGGAACAGCGCACGCCUGCUUAUUACGAUCCGCUCUUGGGGCCGUUCGUAGGGGAAGCCCAGCUGAGAGAUCUCCUGAGGAGAACGAUCGAUUGGUCAAGGGGCCCUAUACCGGACCUGAGAUUUUCAGGUCCAGGACCUUCGACCUGAAGGUCACCACGGAAGCCUUGCUUAUCGAUGUCCAGUCUCCUGAUCCACUGGUGGACGAGAUGCCUGAUUCCGUUGAUGAUUACUACAUCAAAGAAGCAAUCACCAAUCUUUGUGGAUCGCUAGUGGAAGUGCGAAAUUCGUCGGGAAGGACCGACGAGGGAUCGAGGACGAUUCACUUGGCACACUUCUCAGUCAGGCAAUAUUUUCUCAGCAAUGCAUCAAGACACGGGGAGUCUACCACGGCUCGUGAACAUCUCGGAGUACUGAAUCCGAUGGAGGAUGAUGCUGAGCUCGGCGUCCUUUGUCUCCAUAGGAUGCAUGAGGACAUGUGCAAGUUGGCGACCGUGUUUUCCCCAAUUGUGGACGAGUUGCCGGAGAAGGAUGCAGACAACAAGAGACACAAGGCAGGAAAGGAUAACACAUCAGCCUCUGGUACGAGGGCUGGAUCAAUAUCGCUGGUAUUUCUGAGCGCCGGCGCAUACAAGACAGAAAAGCCCGACGCAGACACCCCCGGCAAGGACAGCGCCACCCCCGUGCAGCAAGAGUUCGUCGAGGUGAUGCUCUGGGCGGCGCAAAGGCAGGUCGCGAGCAACGCUAUAGGCGUCGUAGACUUCCAGACCCUCCAACCACACUGCUAA